AGUGUUGUUGUUCAUAGUUAGUGAUCAUAACUUUGAACCUUAAUCAUGGUUGAUUUUAGUGACUAUUUUGCACUCCUCCUUAUUUUUCUAGCUUCAAUCCUCUUGCUAAGAUUGAUCUUCACCAUCAAGUUCCACCAAAAAUCACUCCUUCCACCAAGCCCUCGCGCCUUACCCAUUCUAGGACACCUUUACCUUCUAACCAAACUCCCUCACCAAGCAUUUCACAACAUCUCAUCACGUUAUGGCCCUUUGGUCUACCUUCUGUUUGGUUCCAAACCUUGUGUUCUUGUUUCUUCCCCGGAAAUGGCAAAACAAUGCCUCAAAACAAACGAAACUUGUUUCUUAAACCGACCAAAACAAAGCAAUUUGGAAUACAUCACAUAUGGUUCAUCAGAUUUUGCCUUGGCUCCUUAUGGAACUUAUUGGAAGUUCAUGAAAAAGCUUUGCAUGACCGAACUUCUCGGCGGACGCAUACUUCAUCAAUACCUUCCUAUUAGAGCUGAAGAAAUAACGUUAUUCUUAAAGGGCAUGAUGGAGAAAGCUGACUUGAGAAAAGAGGUUAAUGUAGGGGAAGAACUUACUAUGCUUUCUAAUAACAUCAUAACAAGGAUGGCUUUGAAAAGAAGGUGCAGUGAUGUUGAAGGUGAAGGACAUCAAUUGAUUGAGCUUGUGAAAGAAAUGGCUGUGUUAGGUGGUAAGUUCAAUUUGGGAGAUAUGUUAUGGUUUGUUAAGAAGCUUGAUUUGCAAGGGUUUGGUAAAAGGCUAGAGAAUCUUAGAAAUAGGUAUGAUGUUAUAAUAGAGAGGAUCAUGAAGGAACAUGAAGAUACAAAGAAGAAAAACAAGGAGGAAAUAAAUAGUAAUGGAAUUGAAACAGUGAGUGAUUUGCUUGAUAUUUUACUUGAUAUCUAUGCUGAUGAAAACUCAGAGGUUAGAUUAACUAGAGAAAAUAUCAAGGCCUUCAUCAUGAACAUUUUUGGUGCUGGAACUGAGUCAUCAGCAUCUACAAUAGAAUGGGCAUUGGCUGAACUUAUAAACCAUAGAGAUAUGAUGGAAAAAGCAAGGGAAGAGAUUGAUUCAAUAGUUGGUAAGAAAAGGUUGGUAGAGGAAUCAGAUAUUCCAAACUUACCAUAUAUUCAAUCAAUAGUAAAAGAAACAUUGAGGCUUCACCCAACUGGACCUUUAAUUGUGAGACAAUCAACUGAAGAUUGUAAUAUUGGUGGAUAUUACAUUCCAGCAAAGACAACUUUGUUUGUUAAUUUAUGGGCAAUUGGUAGAGACUCAAAUUAUUGGGAAAAUCCACUUGAGUUUCAACCACUAAGGUUUAUAAAUGAAGUGGGACAGAGUCCUUUGAAUCUAAAGGGGCAGAAUGUUGAAUUAUUGUCUUUUGGAGCUGGUAGAAGAAGCUGCCCAGGUUCUUCACUAGCUUUGCAUAUUGUUCAUACAACACUGGCUACCAUGAUUCAGUGUUUUGAUUGGAAGGUUGGUGAAGAUGGUAAUGGAAUUGUUGAAAUGGAGGAAGGGCCUGGAUUGACCCUUCCUAGGGCACAUCCGUUGGUAUGUAUACCUACGGCUAGGCUCCAUCUUUUUUAGCAACUUUGAUUAAUGUCAGACAUAUUCUCUGCAACGGUCCACCACAUCCAAUAAAAUUUCGAAGGUUGAAUCAUGAUUGUAUCUCGAUUUAACCGUUGAGAUACGAUGGAUUAACCCUAGUACGUAUAGGAUGUGAGUUUGAUUUAUGUUUGUUUUGUGCAUUCAGUUCAUUUAGUCCCUUUACUUAUUUAAUGAACGCAAAAAGAUAAAUUAGAAAAACAUCUCUACUCUCUUGUGUGUAAAAUUAGCAUGAGAUGUUUUUGUGCGGAAGUUUAUGUUUGUAUAGUUUUAUUGCCAAACAAAAAUUGUGUUGUUUUUCUUUUCUAAAACAAAAUGUGUUGUUUAUAUUUUUAGAUGUACGGAUUUAUAUUUUUUA